AUGUAUAACUUUUACCUUGCAAGUGUUAUUGUACACCUUGUAAUGGGUGGGUCAUUGAAACUCGAUUUCAAAGUAAAUAAUGGAAAUAUCCAAAAAUUUAUGAAAAGGGACAAUUAUUUUAAUAUGCCUCUUCUGGCGACCGAUAAUGUGGGAUUUUAUUUUACGGAGUUGGGAUUUGGAUCUGAGAAUGAAAAGAUUAUUGUCCUGAUCGAUACUGGUUCUGCUGACUUGUGGAUUACAGCUGAUAAGGCACAGUGUUAUAAGAGAGCUGAGACUGAAGAUAUUUCAUCGGGGAGUUCACAAACGUCGGACUGGGCGGUUGCUGAUUCCAGUGUGUGCAAGUAUUUUGGUAGUUUUGAUUGGGAACAGUCAUCUUCAUUCAAUAGGAAUUCAACGGACUUUGAUAUUAUCUAUGCUGAUGGAACAUUUGCAAGUGGAUUUUGGGGUUAUGACACAGUUUCAAUAGGGAGUACCACUGUUGAUAAUGUUAUAUUUGGCGUGGCAAAUCAAAGUUCAGAUGUAAUGGGAACAUUGGGCCUUGGAAUGCCAGGAGUUGAACUGCUUGUACUACGUGGUCAGAAAGGGUACGUAAAUUUCCCACAAAAAUUAAAGUAUCAAGGAAUCAUCGAUCGGCAAAUCUACUCGUUGUAUUUGAAUAAAGCAGAAGCUCAAAGUGGUACCGUGUUGUUUGGAGCUAUUGAUCAUGAGAAAUACAAAGGUGAACUUGUUACUGUACCCAUUGUAACCAACUUUUCACUGUUUAAAAAUCAAGUUAUUAUAAAUAUGGAUUCGUUUAAUGUAUCCAGUAACAAGAAAAAUGGACCAAUUCCGGAGACUCAAUUACUAUCUAAUAUGGCCAUAUUGUUAGAUAGUGGUACUACGAUUUCGGGAUUCCUGAGGAAAACAUUGACGAAGUUGGCAGAGUCAUUGGGUGGAGGUUAUCUGAGAUCAAAUUAUUAUGUUGAUUGUGAUGUGGUUUUAAAAUCGUCGUUGCUGAUGACAAUUGGAAAUUCUACAAUUCAAAUGCCAAUGUCGAAUUUUGUUUAUAAUUAUUAUGGUCUGUGUUACUUGUCAUUCUCAGAACUGGAUAGUGAAGAAGAAUCGUCAUAUAUAAUAGUGGGUCAGGAUUUUCUAAGGCAUUUAUAUGUUGUUUAUGAUUUUGAUGGAUUGGAGAUAAGUGUAGCAGAAGCAUUUUACUCCAAGAAAGAAAAUAUCGAAGUGGUCGGCUCAGAUGGGAAGUUCAAUCGUACCUCCAAACAUAAAAGUGGUACUAAUUCUAUGUAUCUUGUAUCAAUUCCUCUAUUAGUUAUAAGCUUGUUUCUUUCUUUAAGUACAAUAAUAUAA